AUUCUUGAACAUUCUGUUUGGCCUCCAAUCCUACCCUGCCUCACCGGACCAGCUUCUCCAGGCCAGCUGCAUAGAGAACCAUCCAAAGAAUGUCUGAUCCCAAGCUUCUAGACAUCCCAGCUGUGAUCUUUGACAAUGGGUCUGGAUUAUGCAAGGCUGGCAUUGCUGGGGACAGUGCCCCAAGGGUAGUCAUUACAGCAAUUGUUGGCCGCUCCAAAGCCAAAGCCACAAUGCUUGGCGCUGGCCAGAAGGAAUUUUACAUUGGAGAAGAAGCUCAGUGCAAAAGGGGCGUCUUGUCACUGAAUUACCCCAUUGACCAUGGCAUCGUGACAUCUUGGGACGACAUGGAGAGGAUAUGGAGGCAUGUCUAUGAGUGUGAACUCAGGAUCAAAUCCAGCGACAGACCAGUGCUCUUGACUGAAGCCCCGCUGAAUCCUCUCCAGAACCGGGAGAGAAUGACGGAGAUUAUGUUUGAAAAUUUCAAGGUGCCUGCUAUGUAUGUUGCUGUCCAGGCUACUUUGGCACUCUAUGCAUCAGCACGGACCACGGGGAUAGUCAUAGACAGUGGGGAUGGUGUCACUCACACAGUCCCCAUCUACGAAGGCUACUGCUUGCCACAUGCUGUCUCCAGGUUGGACGUCGCUGGGCGGGACAUCACUGAGUACUUCAUGAGGCUCCUUCUGGAGAGUGGGCUUUCCUUCGUCAGCACAGCAGAAAGGGAAAUCGUGAAAGACAUCAAGGAGAAGCUCUGCUACGUGGCUUUAGAUCCCAUCCAAGAAAUGAAAGCCAAGCCAGAAUACCUUCUCAGAGAGUAUAAACUACCAGAUGGCAAUAUCAUCAGGAUCGGAAGCCAACUCUUCCGAGCCCCUGAAGCUCUUUUCGCGCCAGCUAACAUUGGUGUCGAUGCUCCCGGAGUCCACAAAAUGGCUUUCAACAGCAUCAUGAAAUGUGACAUUGACGUCCGCAGAGAUCUAUAUGGGAACAUUCUCCUCUCAGGUGGAUCCACCUUGUUUUAUGGCUUGGAUGAGCGUAUCCUGAAGGAAAUGCAGCUUCAAGUGCCGAUCGGGAUAUCGGUAAGGAUCAUUGCCCCGCCAGAGAGGAAGUACUGCGUGUGGAUCGGGGCCUCCAUCCUGACUUGCUUGACAUCUUUCAGACAAAUGUGGGUCACCCUCAACGAUUACAAAGACUUUGGCCCAGGUGUCGUUCACCGGAAAUUUCUCACCUCUGGCCUCAUGAGUCUGAGAGUCAGGCAGUUCCCGAUAAAGAUUUAUUUGGACUCCGUAGAAACUUGCGAAUUUGAAAUGGUCCACGAGAAUGAGAAAAGUAAGUCCCGAGUCUUCAACAGCCAAGCUGUGAUUAUUGACAAUGGAUCUGGGCUGUGCAAGGCUGGGGUCUCGGGAGAAGUUGGCCCACAGCAUGUCAUCGCUUCCGUCCUUGGGUGCCCCAAAAGCAAAUUAUCGCUCUCCAAAACCAGGCAAAAGGAAUGCUAUGUAGGCGAUGAGGCCCAAGACAGGCGAGAAGUGUUGUCGUUGAGAUAUCCUAUCGAGAGCGGCAUCAUUACUUCAUGGGAUGACAUGGAGAAGAUCUGGAAGCACAUCUAUGACAAAGGGUUGGGAAUCAAAGCAUUUGAGAGGCCUUUGCUAAUGACGGAAUCGCCUCUAAAUCCCAAGGAAGAUCGAGCCAAACUCACUCAGCUGAUGUUUGAACACUUCAAGGUGCCUGCCUUUUACCUCUCUGUCCAGGCCAUACUCUCUCUCUAUGCUUCAGCCCGCUAUACUGGUAUAGUGAUGGACAGCGGUUUUGGGGUCACCCACGCAGUGCCAGUUUAUGAGGGAUAUUGUUUGCCCCACGCCGUCACCAGGUUGGAUAUUGGCGGCAGAGACAUCACUGAGUACUUGAGGGAAUUACUUCUGGAAAACAGGCAAUACUUCAGAAAUUUCCCCGAAGGGAACAACAUUGUGGAAGACAUCAAAGUGAAGUUGUGCUUCGUAGCCCUGGAUGCCCACCAUGAGCAGAACAAGAGGUCUGAGGACUACCCAAAGGAGUAUGAACUUCCUGAUGGCAACAGGAUCAAAAUUGGUGAUGCUCUCUUCCUAGCUCCAGAGAUCCUUUUCACACCCAGCAGCAUUAAGAGAAGUGGGCAAGGCCUCCACAAAAUGAUUGCCAAGAGCAUCAAAAAAUGUGACCCCGCCAUCCGCAGCAUGCUCUAUAGCAACGUGUUGCUCUCAGGAGGUUCCUCACUCUUUCCAGGGUUAGACGAGAGGGUCUUUAAAGGGCUCGAAGCUCAAGUCCCUCAAGGGGUUCCCAUAAAGGUCAUAGCACCCCCAGAUCGGUGGUUCUCAACAUGGAUUGGGGCCUCCAUCAUUACAUCUCUGAGCAGCUUCAAGCAAAUGUGGGUCACUGCUUCUGACUAUAGAGAGUUUGGACCAAAUGUUGUCCAGAGAAGAUGCUAUUAAGGAGGACUUGGGAUUUUGCAUCACAUACUAUACCUGUAAACAACCAUCAACAGCUACAGCUACUAUAAAGCAAUGCAUUCACCUCUUUCAGAGGUUGAAAUAAAAAUGCCUUUGC